AUGGAAGGACGCAUUGAGGGUUUCUCUAGCGAGCGAGACCUUCGAGGAGCAAGCAUGUUUCUUCUACUUUUAAGCAACCCUGGCGACGAACGACCCAGUUAUGAUAUGCGUUCAUUCCUUAAAUUUUGUGUGAACUCAUCUAAUUCCACUGUUCAUUCACACAAUUUCAUUGUGCAAACCCCCAAUUGUGUGAAUGUGGUAAUUCUCAAUAUUUCACUGUCGAAGUACAUUAUGGAGGCCAGUUUUAUGAUAAGCCAAACAAUGUGGUGUACGAAGGGGGAUUUGUUCUGUUCGUCGACUUCUUUCAUGGUAAAUGGUGCACCAGAGAGAAUUUGCGCAAGGAAGGAAUUGACGAAAUUGGAAAGUGAAGAAGAUAUUAAAGGGAUGCUUAGGGACAUGGAUGGACAUCCAGAUGUAAAAAUAUACUUCGCAGUCCAAAUGCAAUCAUAUGCAUUGUCGUUGCAUCCUUGGUCUUCACAAGUUGAUGAAGACCAAACAUUUGACGAUUGUUAUGUACCUUCAAUUGCAGAAAAUGAAGGAAGGGAGCCUGAAGGUAAUUGGCCAGAUCAAUUUUUUAUUUUUGAAGAGAAUGCUGACGAGUUGUGGUCACAGUACGACGAAACCUUACAAUACCAUAACGAGGAAGAUACAAAUAUAGUGAUCGUAGACCUACCCGUCUCUUUGCAAGCUCAAUUGAUGGCGAACACAUCGCGAUUAUAUUUAACUUGCAUUCGGAACACUCUUGAAGCUGCGAUGUGCCUGCAGAAUUUUCCUUGUCAAGAAGUUGAAAGGCACAACAAACCGGAAGUAGAAUUAAAGUAUGUGAUAUGUGUAUAUGCUCAUCCAUGUUAA